AUGUUCUCCCGUGUUGCCCUCCGCGCGGCUCCCCGCCAACAGCCCUUCAGCCUCGUUGCUCGCCGCACCUUCCAGACCACCCGCGCCCAGCUCUCGUCGCCCUACCACUACCCCGAGGGUCCCCGCUCCAACCUUCCCUUCAACCCCAAGACCCGCUUCUUCUGGUUCCGUUACCUGAUGUACUGCGUCGUCGGCUUCGGCUCCCCUGUUGCCAUUGCCGAAACCACCAUCAUCAUCAUCAUCAUCAUCGACCCCGACGUUUCUCUCUCUUUGGACCCUACGAGAACCAUUGGCUCUGGCAAGCCUUCUGACUUUGUUAAGGGGAAGAUGGAGGGUGGCAAUGGGCGCUGGGGCUCCUGGCUGAAGCUCUGA